AUGCGCCGGACUUCCGCGUCGUCCGCGCCCCUCCCAAGCCCCGACUACUACGAGAGGCUGGGUAUCCUCCAGCAUGGGCUGCGGGACAGUGAAAAGAAGAGAUUGGACCUGGAAAGGAAACUUUGUGAAUACAGUCAGUCUGAAGCAUUCAGAGUUAAGCUGAAGUAUGUAAAGUUAAAGAAAUACCUGAAGGAAAUACGUGAAUCAGAAAAGGAGGCUAUGACUCGAAACCAGGAAUAUUUAAAGCAAUGUGAGCGUGUACAAGCUCAUAUUGGACACUUUACCACAAAUACAGAGAAGCUUCAAGAACUAAAGAUUAAAUAUGAAACUCAAAUUAAGAAGAUAAAACUACUCUCAAAAGAUAGCCUGGGAAUAAAAAGUAAACUGGAAGAUGAAGACAAGGAAAAGGUUAUAAUCCAAGCAGGAAUUAACUCGGGGACAUCCAUGUCAAGAGGAUUGUAUCAGCCAGCAACAAUCUUUAUGGGCCGCCAAAUGUCAGCCAUCUCAAACAUUGGAGAUUUCCGUACAGAGCAAAAAUCCCAACCCACAAAGAACUUUUCAAUUCCUGACCCACAUUCUUGCCGACAGACAGCCCAAAGCAGUAAUGUGACAGACAGCUAUGUAGUACAAACUAAUAGUGACACACAGUGCUUAAAUAAGUCUGACAAAAUAGAUGGAAAGACAUCUAUUCAGAUUGUUGAGGAAAUGCCAGUCACAGCCAGUAUAUUGUCUGAAGGGGAAAAAACUCAUUGCUUGGAGAUAGGAAGCAGCACACGUCAUGGCAAGAGUAAUUUAUCUGAAAGCAAAAAGUCUGCUGAACUUCAUUCCCUGUUACAGGAAAGAUUAAGUCCAGAGAACAGAACCACUGAUUUAAAGUGUGACAGUUCCAGAAGAUCAGAAGGAUCAGAGGAAGAAAUACUGACACAGGGACAUAUUGAAGUCAAGGAAGAAAGAGUCAGACUGCCAGUCUCUCCGAUAUCAGUUUCAGAAUACUAUGCAUCUGAAAAUAAGUGUUCUCAAGAGAACUAUUCUGCUUGGGAAGAUAUCUUAGAUCAUCUUCCUCAUGGGGACCCAAAGUCACAGAGACCCUUCAGGAAAACGCAGGAGGAGCAAGAAGAGGAAAGUCUGAACAGCAGCAGUGACCUCACAGUUUCUGUGAGUGAAGAUGAUCUGAUUUUAAAGAAUCCAGAACCACAGCCAAUUCCGUGUGACAAGAUGGAAGGAGAAGAUGGAAUAAAAGCCUUAAAAUUAAUCCAUUCUGAGCAAGAAAGAGAUGUCCUAGUCACUGAAAAAAAAAAUUGUGUUUUGCAAAAUAUAAGCUGUCCGGAUUCAAAAAAGGAAUCCUCUACCAACUCAUCAACAAGACAAUCUGAACAAUCACCACACUCAGAGUUACUGAGGGCACAAUUGGGUCAGCAUGUCACCACCUGGAAAGAACAAGAUAGUUCUCUCAAAGAAGAGGAGGUAGCAUUCUUGAAAAAAGCCCUUACAGAAGAGUGUGAGGAUAGGUCAUCUAUUCACAGUAAUGAAUCAUCUUGCAGCUUGCCAUCUAUUCUGAAUGACAAUGGUGGAAUAAAGGAAGCAAAGCUCGGUCUGUGGCGCAACAGUGUUCGUACAAGGGAACACGAAGUUUCAAGCAGCUGCAGGGAUAAGAGUAAGGAAGAAAGUGUGGCAACAAAGAUUCCAGUCACAGAAACAAAAGCCUACCAGUUACUGAAACAAUCUACCCUCCAGGAUAACAUACAUCAAACUGAAGACAGAUUCCAGAAGGCGAGUGCUUCCACAUCACAGUUGUCUGGUUUGAAUAUUGGCAGCGGCACAUUCAAGACAAAGACAACUAACAAAAUCGCUUCGGAAGCAGAUUUUUCAUCUAGCAAAGGAAGUCCUUUGUCAAGGCAUGAAAACAAAAGGGAACUAACUGCCGACUUAAAAUCUAAAGCCUUCUGGGGUGAAUCUGAUGAUAGCAACUCAGAAAUUGAAGCUGCUUUACGUCCUAGAAACCAUAACACAUCUACUGAUGAUUUUGAUGAUUUUUAUGAUUAA